UUACCAGCUGCUAUAGCAGCUCCUACUCCAGUUUCUGCUUUAGUUCAUUCAUCUACUUUAGUUACUGCGGGUAUUUAUUUAUUAAUUCGUUUUAAUUUUUUAUUAUUGGAUAUAAUAUUUAUUAAAAUUUUAUUAUUAUUAUCUGGUUUAACUAUGUUUAUAGCUGGUAUUUCUGCUAAUUAUGAGUUUGAUUUAAAAAAAAUUAUUGCUUUAUCGACUUUAAGACAAUUAGGAUUAAUAAUAAGAAUUUUAAGAAUAGGAAUACCAGAUUUAGCUUUUUUUCAUUUAUUAACUCAUGCUAUAUUUAAGGCUUUAUUAUUUAUGUGUGCUGGGGUUAUUAUUCAUAUAAUAAUAGAUAUUCAAGAUAUUCGUUUUAUAGGGGGGAUUAGAAAUUUCAUUCCUAUAACAUCUUUAUGUAUGAAUGUAUCUAAUAUAGCUUUAUGUGGUAUUCCUUUUUUAGCUGGGUUUUAUUCUAAGGAUUUAAUUUUAGAAAUAGUUAGUUUAAGAAAUUUAAAUUUUUUUAUUUUUUUAUUAUAUUAUAUUUCUACAGGUUUAACUAUAUUUUAUAGUUUUCGUUUAACUAUAUAUUUAAUAAUUAAUGAUUAUAAUUUAUUAUCUAUUUAUAAUUUAUAUGAUGAAGAUUUUAUUAUAUUAAAAAGAAUAAUAAUUUUAUUAUUUAUAAGAGUUAUUAGAGGUAGAUUUUUAAUAUGAUUAAUUUUUUCUUAUCCUUAUAUAAUUUUUUUACCUUUUAAUAUAAAAAUAAUAGUUAUUUAUGUAAGAAUUUUAGGAGUUUUUAUGGGGUUUAUUAUUAGAAAUAUAAAUAUUUAUUCUGUUAAUAAAUUUUUAAUAACUUAUCAAAUUAGAAAUUUUUUAUGUUUAAUAUGAUUUAUACCUAAUUUAUCUACUUA